AUGAAGGAUGACGAGAACGCGACGGUCGAGAUGCAGAAAAUAAAGCUGGAGGUCGGAAUCAACGGCGUCGCCGCGGCGCACCAUGCCGAAUCCACGACGGCCGCCAUGACGGACGCGACCAAGGGCAUCAAGCUGGAGAGCUCGAGAUCCCCGUCGACAGAGGGGGCCAAGUCGCGAACAGAUGGCAAUGGAACCCCAAACUCGUCACGCCCGCGAUUGUCGCGCAAGUCGUCGCGCAAGGCCACCCCGACUCGAGAACCGACCCUGUUCGACCAUUUCCCCGAUAUGACCUCUGAGGCCUGCAAAUCCUUUCAGGUCAUUUCUGACUGUCUCUAUGGCUCCAAGCACCUCGGCUCGACGGAAAACGACGCGUUUGACUGCGACUGUCGAGAGGAGUGGCAGGAUGGCGUUAAUAUGGCAUGCGGCGAGGACUCGGACUGCAUCAACCGCGCGACAAAAAUGGAAUGCAGCGAAACGGCGGGCAACUGCGGCGGUGGCUGCCAGAAUCAACGCUUUCAACGAAAACAUUACGCCGACGUGUCCGUCAUCAAAACGGACAAGAAGGGAUAUGGCCUUCGCACCGACGCCGAUUUAGCCGCCAACGAUUUCAUUUUUGAGUAUAUUGGCGAGGUCAUCAACGAGGCCACGUUUCGACGGCGCAUGCUCCAGUACGAUCAGGAGGGCAUCAAACACUUUUAUUUCAUGUCUCUCAACAAGAAUGAAUUUGUUGAUGCAACUCGAAAAGGCAAUCUGGGGCGCUUUUGCAACCACUCGUGCGUCCCCAACUGCUACGUGGACAAGUGGGUGGUUGGCGACAAGCUGCGCAUGGGCAUAUUUGCGUUGCGCGCAGUUUCUGCCGGCGAAGAGCUUGUUUUCAAUUACAACGUCGACCGGUACGGCGCUGACCCCCAACCCUGCUACUGCGGCGAGCCCAAUUGCCUUCGCUUCAUCGGUGGCAAGACUCAAACGGAACGAGCCACCAAGCUUCCUCCUGCGACCAUUGAAGCACUUGGUAUCGAUGUUGGUGAUGGUUGGGACACGACUGUUGCUAAAAAGGCGCGCAAGAAGCGUGCCGACGAGGAUGACGAGGACUAUGUCGGCAGUCUGCAGGCACGUCCCCUCGACGAGGAAGAUUCCCGCAAGGUUAUGGCUACACUCAUGCAAUGCAAGGAAAAAUGGAUCGCAGUCAGGCUUCUCGACCGUAUUCAGCAGAGCGACGAUGAGCGGGUCAUUCACAGCGUCAUGCGUAUGCACGCAUAUCAAAUCUUCAAGACGACCCUGCACACGUUCAGCGACGACCACAACGUUGUCUUGCAGGUGCUUUCCAUCUUGGAUGGCUUCCCGCGUCUGACGAGGAACAAGAUUCAAGACUCGAAUAUCGAGGCCACCGUCAAGGAGUUAACUACAUCAGAGCACGAAGAUGUUGCGUCAAAGUCGAAAAAGCUCCUGGAUGACUGGAGCAAGCUAGAAUUGGCGUACCGCAUUCGUAGGCGCAAAUUCGAACCUGGCAUGCAGACCCAAAGUAUAUACGAGGAUCGCAGGGGCCCGGCGCGUGAAGGAGACGCGACUGCAGUCACGCAAACACCACAGAACAAAACCGCAUCCCAGCCCAUCAAUGCUCCCAAAGGGCCUCGCAGCAAUAUACCACAAAGAAACGGCAACUUCCAAGCCGGAAACAGCUCACGUCAACGGCAACGCUUUGGCAACAAUGGACCUCUACCGCAAGGCUGGUUCUCUGCCAAAGACGCCGGCGGCAACAUGUACUAUUAUGACAAGCAGGGCACAACGACGUGGCAGCGUCCUACACUUCCCGCUGACCAGACGCCCAAGGUCCCCUCCAAGGCCCAGCAGGAGCAGCUGAUGAUUCAGAACAUUAUCGCGAGAGUGACAAAAGAAGGCACGCCGAAAUCCUCAACGUCGCAGCAGUCACAAUCUUCAGAGACGCCAAACAAGGACUCUCGGUCAGAGAAGUGGCGAGCACUGUCCCAAGACAAGCAAAUGAAGAUUUAUGAAAACACUGUCUUUCCUCAUAUCAAAUAUGUUUUGGAUAAAUUUCGGCAUAAACUGCCAAAGGACGACCUAAAGCGUUUGGGAAAAGAGCUGUCCAAGAAGUUGGUAGCUUCAGACUACAAGAAUAGCCGCGUCGCCGAUCCGACGGCCAAACUGCACGAGAAGCAAGCCCGCAAAAUCAAGACGUAUGUCAAGGACUUUUUAGACCGAGCAGUGCACAAGUACGAAGCGCAAAAGAAGGAACAGGGUGCUGGUGGCGAGACUGGUGGCUCUACGGAGAACGCUACGGCAGACCUUUCCGGCGCUGCCGACGACAAGGGCGACGACGCCGAGCUGAGCGACAUGGACAUGGAUGAUUCGCCAGCCAGCCGCAAGCGCAAGCACGACGAUGUUGCCGACACUGAAUUACCGGACGCGACGCCUCCCGCCGCCGACGGGCCAGAGAUGAAGCGCCUCAAGGAAGACGAAAUCGGCGCGGCGGCGGCGGCGAUGCCCAGUCCGCCACCUCCACCACCACCGCCACCGCAAGACGAGGGCGUGGAGCUGACGGAAGAGCAGCGGGCGCUGCGGGAGCAGGAGCGGGCGCUGGAGCGUGAAAACGAAGAGGCACAGCGGUUAGAGGACGAGGCGGCGAGGACAAACGGAGAGCAGCAGCAGGAGCAGAAUCGAAAACAGGAGGUUCUGAGUCACUAA